AUAGAUAGCGCCAAAGUUUUGGGUUCGCGAAGGAGGACGAUGAGGUGGUCCGAGCUUUCACACAAACCACCUGCAUGGUUUUUUGUGUGGAAUUGGCCAAUUUUUGGGUCGGCGGGAGGGGGACCACCGAGGAAAAUCGAUCUGAACUGCGCUCUUGACUGGAGAACUUCCCCUGUGACCGACGACAACUCCGUUCACGACAACACCACAAGCCGCAACCAUGUCUGCCUCUCUGAACAAGAUCGCUGCCAACAGCCCUUCGCGGCAAAACCCCUCCGAGCUGGAGACGCAGAUCGCCACUGCUCUCCACGACCUCGAGACCAACACUGCCGACCUCAAGGCCGCUCUCCGGCCUCUGCAGAUCGUCUCUGCCCGUGAGAUCGAAGUUGGCCACGGCAAGAAGGCUAUUGUCAUCUUUGUCCCCGUCCCCUCCUUGGCCGGUUUCCACCGCGUCCAGCAGCGCCUGACCCGCGAGCUCGAGAAGAAGUUCACUGACCGCCACGUCAUCAUCCUCGCCUCGCGCCGCAUCCUGCCCCGCCCCAAGCGCUCUGCCCGUGCUCGCAACACCCAGAAGCAGCAGCGCCCCCGCUCGCGCACCCUGACUGCCGUCCACGACGCCAUCCUCAGCGACCUCGUCUACCCCGUCGAGAUUGUCGGCAAGCGCCUCCGCACCAAGGAGGACAACUCCAAGAUCCUCAAGGUCAUCCUCGACGAGAAGGAGCGUGGCGGCGUCGACUACAGACUCGACACCUACUCCGAGGUCUACCAGAGACUCACCGGCCGCCGUGUCGCUUUCGAGUUCCCCCAGACUACUGCUGAGUACUAGAGGGUGUAUACCACGCUCUCUGGAUGCGCGCGUAGACUUUGGGAUUAAAAGCGGUUGGGGCCGUUGUCAAAAAGGACCCAUCUAAAAAGAAAAAAAAGGAGAGCUUCAACUUGACAAUGGCCUCA